CCAGGAAAACACUUCCUUAAUAACUUCACAAAAAGUACUGCUUGUAUCAAAUUUCAAGUAGCUUACGUAUUAUUAGUGGUAAAUUGACUGAAUUAAGCAAUUAGUAAUUUAAAAAAUACUUAGGGAAGUUGUGGGUAUUCCUAAAGUAUCCCUACAGUCGAUUUGGGGGCAGAUAUAUAGACGGUUUUAAUAUAGAGGGUAUUUGCAGAUAGAGAAGAGAAUAACACUUCCUUGUAUUUCAAGUUGCUCAGCACUGCCCAGGGAACAUGACCUUCGCACCAGAGCUGAGUUGUCCUACAAUCCCACUUUCCAAUGGUCUGCAGAUUCCGUUACUUGGAUUAGGCACAUCACAUGAUGGCGGGUACUCCCAUGAUGCCGUUGUGUAUGCACUCACUGAGUGUGGCGUGCGCCACAUUGACACAGCAAAGCGCUACGGCUGCGAGAAGAAACUGGGUGACGCUAUCACAGAAAGCAGGAUACCACGAAGUGAUCUGUGGGUCACCAAUAAACUGUGGCACGGGGACUACGGUUACAAAGCUGCAAAGAAAGCGUGCCUUGACUCCUGCGCCAAAAUGGGGGUGGAAUAUUUUGAUCUGUACCUGAUGCACUGGCCAGAGUCCCCGCAACGUGGUUGCUCCAACAGGGAGAUGAGAGCUGAGACUUGGAGAGCUUUGGAGGAACUGUAUAAAGAAGGGCUGUGCUGUGCUAUUGGAGUGAGCAACUUCCUGGUCCAUCACCUGGAAGAGUUAAAGGAAGACUGUACUGUCGUGCCACAUGUCAACCAGGUGGAGUACCAUCCUUUCCAGCAGCCCAGUCACCUGAUGGAGUACUGUCGCCAGGAGGGAAUUGUGUUUGAAGGGUACAGUCCUCUGGCCAAGGGUCAAGUCCUCAGCAACCCGACUGUUCUCCAGAUAGCAGAAAAAUACAGACGCACACCUGCUCAGAUCUGCAUCCGCUGGAGUAUUCAGAAUGGAGUUGUUACAAUCCCCAAAUCUACGAAAAAGAAGAGGAUUCAAGAAAACUUUCAAGUGUUUGGGUUUCAGCUGGAGGAGUCGGACAUGGCCGCUUUGGGAGGAUUACAUGAUGGAAGACAUGUGUCCUGGGAUCCAACAAAUGUGGAGUAACAUUAUGCGAGAAAUCCCCAGAGUGUGCUUGUCUUUGAAUUAGUUUUGUCAGUAUUCUGUAUCGACGACGUUGCCGCCAGAUGUUGCUAGGCACGGCCGCUUUACUUGUAUAACACAUUUCAACAACAGGGCAAUUCAAAGUGCUUUACAUAAAAAGAUUAAAAUAGUAAGUGCAGUAUAAGAAAUUAAACAUUAAAGAGCAGUUAAAAACAGUUAAACAUAUUAAAGCAGAUAAAAUAGCAGAUUUUAGGCUGCUAGUAUGGGACAGUGUAUAAGUCGCUGCCCCGCACACUUUAUUGGGGCGCAAUAACCAUUUUUUGAAAACACAAACUCUGUUGACCAAUAAGGUCGGCAUUCUAUACAGGCAGAACCACGUGUCUUUACCAUCUCAUCCACCACGGGGAAUGAGUGUGUGAAUAUAGUCGUCACUAUAAGGCUUAGUUUAAUCAUGGCAAAUUUAGCUAAAUCCUGAACAGCUCCAACUGUUUCUAGUAGAUAUUACCACAACAUCUGUCACACCCGCAUUGGAGAAAUUCUCAGACACAUAUUUGUUUCCUGUUCAGAAUGGCCACAACCCUAAUCUCACAAAUUGUUAACAAGAACAACCCAAAUGGUAUGAUUUCCUCUGUGUAACUGAGACAUGGCUGAGUGAUGGUGAGUCCAGCGCCUUCACCGAAUUUUUAAACCACGAUUGCUGCUACCUUAACUCCCCUCGAAAAUCUGGCGAGGAGGAGGAAUAGCAACUGUAUAUAAAAGUCAUUAUAAAUG